AUGAUAUUUUGGUUGCUUAUCCUACUUUUGGCCCUCCUUCUUUUCUACAAUUUCCAUUACAAGCGGCGCAAUCUCCCGCCAGGCCCAACUCCUUGGCCCUUCGUCGGAAAUGCGCUAACAUUGUCGCGCACCAACCGAUGGGAGACCAAGUUUCUGGAAUGGAGCCGGACGUACGGCUCCACCUUUACGUAUUGGCUGGGCGAGUUGCCGGUCGUGGCGGUGUGCGACUACGCCGAUAUGCAGCAAUAUUUCGUGAAGCAGGCCGACCUCUUCUCGGACCGCUACAACCAACAUUUGACGAGGCUCCGAUUCGGCGAAUACGGGAUUUUGAUGACGAACGGAGCGGUUUGGAGGGAACAGCGACGGUUCGCUUUGAAGGUGUUGAGAGACUUUGGGCUGGGGAAGAAUCAAAUGGAAGAGAGGGUAAGUUCUGUUUUUGAAAAAUUUUGAGUCGACAAAAUAUCAGCCUGUCGGGAAAAUAAUCAACUCUCUGACGCAUCGAAAAUCGCUUCGCCGCAGAGAAAAAAAAUUGUGUCGCGAAAAAAUUAAAUUUCUUUUCAAUUAGCGACAUAAUCGGCGCAGCGACGUUUCUCCUAUUAUUUUCCCGACAGACUUGCUGCAUGUAAGAUUUCCAAAUUGCGUAUUUUAAAAAUUUUUCUGUUUUUGGGAGAUCUGUGAAAAAACUUUAAAUCCAUCAAAGUGGCUUUGUAGAACAAAAAAAAUUUACAUUUUUUAAUUCCCGCCAAAUCCUGGCAUUCUGUUUCAAGGCUCUCCUUGAAAAGAGUUUGUUGUCCAGAAGUACGAACUUUAGAUUUUCCUUAAACUUUGCGCACACGUCAGGCAUAAGCCACGAACUAUUAUAAUUCCUGAAAAUUUUCGCUGACGCUUUUCAGGGCUACUUCCCUUGUGAGGGGUUCAUUUAUAAUACGACAUCUUCGAUUUCAGAUCCUUCUGGAGCUUGAUGACGUCAUCCGAAAGACGGAUCGGAUUUGCGGUCCGGAAGAAAUUGAUUUUUUCAAAUUCACCGACAUUGCUGUUGGCUCGGUCAUCAACUCCAUUGUGAAUGGCUACAGAUUCACGGAGGUAAUUCCUGUUCUAGGGAUUUUAGCCAAAAUGUUGAGUGGCCUAAUUGACCGGUAAUUUCGUGAGAUUUCAGUGGUUUUGGGAGAAAUUGGUCAGAUUUUUUCAUUUUUUUUUUUUUUUUUUGAGAAUUUUGGGCAAUUUGCCCUGUCAAGUUUGGGCAUUUGACCAGUCAAAAAAUUGAGAUACUUGAGCUACCAUUUUUAGGCAAAUCGGUCAAAUUAGUGUUGGGGAAAUUGCACGUCAAACUGAGAUAAGCUAAAACAGUCCGGUGAAUGAGUUGGCAAUUUGCCAAAAAAAAGACGCGAAAAAAGGUUUUGUCGGGGAAGAAAUGGGGAAUUUUUGGGGCGAGAGAGUACGUUUUUGCGUGUCUUUUUUUUCUCUUUCGCUGCGAAAUCAAGACGAAGUGUAAAAAACCGAUAGCGAAGGGUCUAAUCCGGUCACCGGACUCCUCGGUUUGACGUGAGUUGCCCUGUCAUAUUUCGUCAAAUUGCCCAUCCAAUUAGGGAAUAAAAGUAAAUUUUUUUUUGAGAAUUUUGUUCAACGUAUCCUGUCAAAUUUCAUCGAGUUGAUCGGUCAAGUUUUUGUAUGUUGACUGGCGAGAUUCGGGCAACAUUUUCUGUUAAAUUUGGGCAAGUUGACCGACAGAAUCUCAAUCACUUCCUCAAAAUUUCUUCUCCGCUUUUCAGGAGAAUUCCCACGAAUUCUACCGCCUCAAAGACCUCACCAAAAAUCUGAUGAUGGCCACCCGAAACUGGCGCUCCAAUUUGGCCACAAACAACCCCUGGCUUCAACGGUUCUCGUUUUUCAAGUCCAAAAUGGACAUUGCGAUUAACUACUUCAACGAAAUCACAGCGUUUCUGAAUCAACAAGUCGCGAAACACUUGGAAAAAAUCGAUUAUUCGCAGGACUUGGAGCCCAACGACCUGAUUGACGCGUUUUUGUUGGAGCGACAGAGGCGGAUUGCGGCUGGAAAUGAGGGAAGUUUUGUCAUUCGGCAGCUGAACACGGUCGUAUUCGACUUGUGGCUGGCCGGACAAGAGACCACCAGCAGCACGUUGACCUGGAUCAUUGGGUAUUUGAUGAGAUUCCCUGAGGUUCAGGAGAAGCUGCAAAAAGAGCUGGAUACCGUGAUUGGGAGCAAAAGGAUUGUGAGGAAUUCAGAUAGAGCCGAUUUGCCCUACACAAACGCAGUUAUUAUGGUAAGAGAAAUUCAAAGUUUUGCGGGACCGAUCAAGGACCCUAAAAGUCGUGUCCUUUUUUAUUACAGUGAGGGACAUGAACCAGUGGCAAAAAACGUAGCAUUUUGCAUCCAGGAAGUAUCAAAAAUGUAGCAAAAUACCUCCCUCUCCAACUAAAAAAGCUCCGCUUUGAACUGCGCGCCCGCUUUUUUCUGAGAGGACCCUUCAAAACGGAGUUUUUUAGCUGGGGUGGGAGGCAUUUUGCCACAUUUUUGAUAUUUCCCGGAUGCAAAAUGGCACGUUUUCUGCCACUGGAUCAGGUCCGCCACUGUAUACUUUUCGGGUCGACAACAAUUCGCGUCAUCACAAAAUCGAUCAAUACGGGGCGUAGGGCAGGUGGAGACUCAAAAAAAGGUUGUAGGAAAUGUCUACGAGGCCUGGCAAAGCCGGUGGAUGAUCGGCGGACGCACGGCAUAGGCUCGGCGAAGACUUGCAAGGUCUCCACUUUUUCCAAUUUUAUCUAUAUUUUACCAAAAUCGAUAAAAUUAAGGCUUCCUUUACCUGAGUUAUUGCAACAUAUAAAAGUAAAAUUCCCAUCUCCUUUAAUAUAUGUCUUUAGGAAUGCCAAAGAUGCAGUAAUAUUCUGAGUCAAAACGUCGCUCGCUCCGUGCAUCAAGACGUGGAAGUGAACGGUUAUUUGUUGAAGAAGGGAACCACGAUAGUCCCACAAAUCUCUGUGCUCCUACAGAACCCCAAAGUAAGUCAAAUACGACGACCGCUCUUACUAAUAUCUAAAAUGAUCUCAGAUCUUCGCCGAGCCCGAGAAAUUCAAUCCCGACCGAUUUAUCGACCAGAAUGGGAAGUUGCGACAAGUGGAAGAGCUGAUUCCAUUCUCGCUGGGCAAGAGGAUCUGUUUGGGCGAGGGAAUGGCCCGAAUGGAGCUGUUCAUCUUUACUGCCAACCUCUUCAAUCAGUACAAGUUUGAGAGCGGAAAAGUCGCGCCGAGUUUGCAAAAAGUAACAGGGAAUUCGAUGAUGAUGAAGCCUUAUAGCUGUGUGGUUCGGAGGCGGUAA